AUUUGCGAGGGAGAGAAGAGAAGACCGGAUACAUCUGACAAAGGAUCCGCCUAGAAGAUUGGAAUUCAGCCUUGCUGAACCAAAUCUCUUGUUUCUUUAGCAGUAGCACGACUCAAAGAUUGAUUACAGUCGACUCUCUCUCCCUCAUUCUCUCUAUGUUUAGCGUGUGGAAGUUGCGACGUAUCAUCAACCGAGGUCGAGUUUAUUGGAAAGAGAACAGGUGGUUGAAGUGUGGCCACUUUGGGUGCUGCUCUGGUAGUGGGAGAGCAAGUUGUUCUGUGAAUGAUACAAACAAACGCUGAUCUGAGGUUUAUAAAAAAAGUGAGUCCUUCUAUUUUCUUUUUUUCCUAAGACCAUUCACUGGGAACAGGUUGCUGUUUCAUUAUGUCCUUGAUGUACCUUGGUUGAAGGGAGAGGUUAGUUAAUACUUUCACAGGCUAGCUGUGGAGGUUGCUGUUGAAUGUGAAUGUUGGGUGGUGUUUCAAAACUAUAUAAAGCUAAAAGAUUUCAACUAUGUUAAUUAGUUCCUCAAAUUCAUUGUGCUGAUUAUCUGUCAUUUUUUAAUAGAUGCUUUGGCAUUUUAUUUAUGUUAGUAUUGAUACACCAAGAUUUGUCACGUCAUUAUGGUAAAAAUUGGCAGCUCCAAAUAAACUAAAGGGUGGUGCUAUAUAUAACUUCUUACAUACAUGGUAGGAUACCAUUGUUCUUGGAUUUCAUCCUUAAUAAAUAACCAAUAAUGAGCACCCAUGUAGUUAUGAAAGUUCAAAAGAAGCUGGUGAGCCCUAUAUAUUACCUCCUAUAUCAAAUACAAAGUGCAUAUUAUUGGCUGUUGAAUCAUGUAGGAAAUGUUAAAAUUCAUUAGAUGAUUUUGAUACCUAUGCAAUGCAAUUUGUCUGCAUUUCUGGAUGAGUGGGUUUGGGCAGGGCAUAAUUAUGUGGUAUUGAAAUCAUCUAGAUGUCUUGAAUUUUUAGGCAAGUGAUACAUAAAUGCAACUUCUAAAUGACUUGACAGUAUGGAUUUGUUUGUAUUUGAGGGGGAAUACUUUUGUUUACUUGCAGACCUAGAUCUUUAGUUGUGCAGAUUCACCAUCUCCCUUAGAGUUGAGUAGAAAAUGAAAUUAUGUGGAUAAAAUACCUUGUGAGAUUUGCAGGGGACCUUUAGUCUACAGAAUACAACCUUCAUCUGCAAGCAAGCUCUAACGCUGACAAUCCAGAAAUUACAAAUUUUAUCAGUCUUGACUUGCUUGGAAAUCAGUGAUCAAAGUCUUUAGGAGAGAGGUUUCUGGGAAACCAUCCUGGAAACUUAACAUGGGUGUGCAACAGGAUGACAUGAGCACUAAAAGGGACGACUUUUCAGUUUCUGGAUCAGAGAAGGUAUGCUUUCUUAUUUUGCUCAUAAUGAUUAACCAUAUUUUAUGGUGUUAGCCUUGUUUUUUCUGUUUGACAGUUUGGGGUAGAUGUUCCUUGGCAAUAUUUCCCUGAUGAAAUAAAACACAUACCCAUUAAGAAAAGGAGAUUUAAGCUCCAGUCUCCAUCACCAAUGAUGUUUCAAACUCCUUCACCACAAUGUCAAUGGAGUCAUUUAGAUUCAGUAUACAAUCAGGAACUAGGGCAAUCUAAUGGUCCUGCAGAAGUACAACAUGACUGCUCCUUCCAAUCAGGUCAAUGGAGGCAUUUGGUAUAUGAAGAGCUUUCUGAGGUGAUAAAUAAAAGGCUGGCGACAUUGAAGACUUAUCAGGUUUGGCACAACAACAACAACAACAUAUCCAGUCUUUAUCCCACUAUGUGGGGUCGGCUACAUGAAGAUAAUAUUUCUCUCUAAAAGGUUUGGCACAUGAAGAUAAUAUUUAUUAUUCAACAGUUCAGGAUAAUUCGGUUACCAUGCCAUUAAAUUGCCAUGUUAACAGAGAAAGUGAAACAGAGAGAUCUACUUCUAUGAAAGAUGUCAAGCAUCAAGAAUCUGACUGGACUCUGGGAUUGUCAAUGUAUUCCACUGUAGAUACUGAGGUUUCUAUUCAAGUUAUCAGUGAGAAUAGAGCCCUUGAUAAUUCUCCAUGCCCUGUAACAGAUCCCCAUCUCAAGCAGGUCUCUUCCCAUGGAAAAGACAAAUACAUAUGCUACAAAUGUUGUCAUAAAGGAAGGAGAAGAUUGUUGUGGGACUUCUUCUGUGCAACUCAUCAAAAUGUUGUCCACUGAAGAUGUUCAUUGUGGAAAGCAUUAUGUUUACUUCAAUCUGACAGUCUCAGAGAAGGUUGUGUCUCAGAUUGACAGCGCACAACUCAAAAAAGAGUCUAGAGAAGCAUUUGAUGCACCUGAUAUUGGGACUUCUUCAACAGACUUGGUUAGCAGAGUCAAUAACAGUGAGCAUUCUGUGUGUAAGCCAGAGAAACUGCAACAUUCUCACCCUUCACCGCAAUGUAAAACUGAUCAUGUGUUUGGCAAUACUUUUGGAGGGGGCCAAGAUAGUGAAGCUCCUGCUGUACAUGCUUCUAAAAAAGAAUCGUCAUUGCAUGUUGAUUUGAAUAAGCCCAAGUCUUUUGAGUGUUUUGGUAGGGUUUUUUUUUUAAGGCCAUAACAAUAAUGGAUAUGGUGCAGAUGCUUCCAAUGGUUUUCAUGGUCACAUGGUUGGUGUUGAAAAAUUGACUGGAAAUGAAGCUGGUAAUUCAACAGAAGCAUUUGAUUUAGCUGAUUAUGCAACUUCUUUGACAGGCUUGGUUAGCAGAGUUGACAAUAGUGAGCAUUCUGUAUGUAAAGCAGGGAAACCACUUUCUUCUGGCCCUUCACUAGAGCGUGAAAAUGUGCACAUUUUUGGUAACAUGCCUGAAGAGUGUCAAGACAUAGAAGCUUUUGCACUACGCGCUUCAAAUGAAUCAUCAUUCCAUGUUGCUGAGAAUAAGCCCAAGUCCUGUGAGGUUUUUGGUAAGGUUGCUUUUGAAGAUCCUGGUGAUCAUGGGUAUGAUGUGGGUGGUUCUAAUAGCAUUCAUGGUCAUAUGGUUAAUACUGAAAAAAUACUGGAAGUGAAGCUGGUUAUUCUAGAGAAGUAUUUGAUUUACCUGAUAAUGUGACUUCUUCAAUAGACUUGAUAAGCAGAUUAAACAACAAUGAGCAUUCGGUAUGUAUAUCAGGAGAAUCACAUCCUUCCCACCGUCCAGUGGAUAAUGAGAAUGCACAGGUUUUUGGCUACACUUUUGAAGAUGGUCCAGAUAAAGAAGCUCCUACACUACAUGCAACUCCAAAUGAAUCAUCAUUACAUGUGGCCUUGAAUGAGCACAGAUCUUAUGAGUGUAUGGGUAAGGUUGCUUUUGAAGAUCAUAACAAUCAUGAGUAUGAUGCAGAUAUUUUUCAUGGUGUUCGUGGUCAUAUGGUUGGUGUUGAAAAACAAAAUGGAAGUAAAAAAUGGUUCUGAAUCUCCAUUUGAAGAUGGAGAAUUGAGGGAGUCAGUUUUAUAUUCCUUGGAGGAGAAUGAAAUCGAAGGUGAUGCUGAAUGUGUAGACUAUGAUUCUGAUAUCAGAGAUCAAGAUGCCCUUGAUGCUGCCACUCAAUGUUUGUCAGAAGUAGGUUCCGAUUGUUUGAAAAAUGACAAUAAUGGGUGUUAUGUUAUACAGUGUGGAGGUCUGGAUGCUUCAAAGGAAUCAAGCCAGUCAACAGGCUUGAAAGAACUCUCUGGACAGGAUAAACUGCCUGAUGUUUGUAGAUUUUCUUGUAACAGCACCAUUGCCAGUACAAAUAAAGAACUACAAGCCUGCAAUUCAUUUAAUGGACAUGAUGCCAAAGGUUCUUCUGCAGUAGAGGUUGUAUCAAGCGCAACCAGGGGAAAAUUGUUAUCUUGCAUUGAAGGAUCAUCAUUUUCUGAUGCUUUGGGUGGGAAGGAGAAGAUCAGAUCCAAUUCUGGCUUAUGUUUUCAAGCUAAAAAGGUGCUUGAUUCAGCAAAGUACUUGAGAAAGGAAAGACCUGAUCAGAAAAUACAGGAUGCAAGCCAGGGGGAUGGUCACUGGAUUGAUUCUCCAACAGGCUUAGAUUCAAGAGACAGCUGUCAAACAGAGUAUUGACAUGGUACUGGGUGCUUCAGGCCAACAAGUGUUGGUGCAAAAUCUACAGCAAGGAUGGAUGGAUUGAGCUACAGUGAUCAGAAGCAAUCUAUGUAUUAUUCAUCGAAAGGUGAUUACCAGCCCCACAUUAGAAGGAUAUCUGAUAGUAAUGCCGCUUAUAGGUUACAUAGGAGAUUGGUAGCAGAAAGAGAUAAUAUUGACUCUAGGAGCAGGAGCAGAUUGGCAAUAUAUCCGGAAAGGGUCAAUAGAGGACCCAGAGAAGAGUACCAUGGACCUUCACCUGAGGACCCUGAUUCAUCUUUUGUUGGCAGGUCACGCUAUUUAUCCAGGAGGGACGGCAGCUUUUCUCCCAUUAGAGGUGGAGGUGUUAAUUUUCCCCAGUCCCAUUGGAAGUCUCAAUCACGGUCCAUAAGUAGAUCUCCUGUAAGUUGGCGUUUGCAGGAAAGAAACAUGGGAGCCAGAGGCCUGGAUAGAACUCCGGACUUAAGGUCCGAGUUCAAAAUGGAGAGAACGCAAACACUUUCCCAGAAGUCUGGUUUUCCCGAAGAAGAUAUUUUUAUGUCUCCAUCAAGAAAUGAGAUGUUCUCACGUGGUGAUUCUCAAUGGAUUGACAAUCGGAAUUACAUGGCUUCUCAUUUCAACCAGGAAAAAUCACCUGGGAGAUUCAUUCCUUCUCCAGGAGGAAUGAAGUCUGAUGAAUGUAGAUCCAUGAUAUGCUCCAGAAGGUUUACUGAGCGUGGAGCUGAUAGGGGACAUAAAUAUGAUGGCCGAUACUGUGAGGGAGUGGAAGAUGGUGGCAGAUAUGAGAUGAUUCGUCGAGUGAGGCACUAUGACGCUACUGGUCUGGUAAGGCAGUUCUGCUAUGAUGCAGAAGAUUAUCUUGAAUUGCCUAACUCUCAGAAUGAGGAGAACAGCUACAUUAGAGGUACUGGCAGAAGGGAUUUGCCCAGGAGUAGCAGGAAAGGGAGAGGUUCUUUUAGAUACAACAAUGAGAGGAAAUACGCUGCUGGCCCCAAGUUAUCUAGAAUUUGAGAUUAUGAAGAGGAUCCCAGUAGAGGGAUGAUGACUGGUAUUUAUAGUCAUGUUUUUGUGUCCUCUUUGGGUGGUUUAAUGGUAGUUAGCACAUAGGAACCUUACAACUGAUUAGCAUAUAUUUUUCCUUUGAAUGGGCAAAUCUUUUUAAAUUUUAUCUUGCUCAUCCUAUCUGACAUUGCUUUCUGAAUUGUUUUAACUUUCCAAUUAUUCUAUUACGCACUGUGUCUCCUGCUGUCAUUGUUUUUUGCUUCCCUCUCAUUUGUGGGACUUUUGCCUGGAAACUCUUUGCUCCUGUACAUAAGGUUAUAAAAAUAAUAAAGCAUUAAGAGUGGAGCAUGUUAUGUCUUC